UGGCCUUCUUCCCCCCACUCCCCCCUUCCCCUCUCUGCCUCCUCUUCCCACUCAUUCCUCCACUCUUCUAACUUUAGAACUACACUUCCCAGAACUCCCCGCACUGCGGCGCAUUCUGAUGACUCGCCUCUCCCCGCUACCGGACGUGACAUCCCGCUCUUUCCGCUUCAACAUUGUCGGGGCUGUGAGCGCUCGAAACUCGGAGAAGAGGCGGCACAGGGGCCCAGACAGCAGCUCUCCACCCCGACCAGCAUGUCGGUGAUUCCGCCGAACCGCUCGCAGACAGGCUGGCCCAGAGGGGUGAACCAGUUCGGGAACAAGUACCUGCCUCAGACAAAGCCACUCACCCUGGAGCGGACCAUUAACCUAUAUCCUCUUACAAAUUAUACUUUUGGUACUAAGGAGCCUUUAUAUGAGAAGGAUAGCUCUGUGGCGGCCCGGUUCCAGCGGAUGCGGGAAGAGUUUGAUAAGAUUGGAAUGAGGCGCACAGUGGAAGGAGUUCUGAUCGUUCAUGAACAUCGGCUUCCCCAUGUCCUCCUACUGCAACUGGGAACCACAUUUUUUAAGCUGCCGGGAGGUGAACUGAAUCCAGGGGAAGAUGAAGUGGAAGGGUUGAAACGACUCAUGACAGAAAUUCUUGGCAGGCAGGAUGGGGUGCAGCAGGACUGGGUAAUAGAUGACUGCAUUGGCAAUUGGUGGAGGCCAAACUUUGAGCCCCCACAGUAUCCAUAUAUUCCUGCACACAUUACAAAACCCAAAGAACACAAGAAGUUGUUUCUGGUGCAGCUGCAGGAAAAAGCACUGUUUGCAGUCCCGAAAAACUACAAACUUGUUGCCGCCCCUUUAUUUGAAUUGUAUGACAAUGCCCCAGGCUAUGGACCUAUCAUUUCCAGCCUUCCACAGCUUCUCAGUAGGUUCAACUUCAUUUACAACUGA